GGUGCGAAAGGGGCGGAGCCUCCACUGUGGCCUGCAAUACUGAAUCUAAACUCAAUUUAAGGAAGGUGGACAUGAGCCUGGCCUGGGCUCAGGUAAUUCUGUUCGGUGGCUCCCCUUUGUCCAGUAGAAGCAUGGGAAAAACACACUUUUAUGCAUUAUGGUCGUUACACGAAGCACCUCGUCAGUUUAUCAGUAACGUGAACCGCACCAGCUACCAGCUCCAGAUCCCACUGCCGUUACCCAAGCAGCUCAUCGUGUUCAGUCUGGGAGACUGGAGCUCAUUUUCUAGCGAGACAACACUAUUAACUGAGGUGUUUAUUAGCCCGGAUGUGAAACCGCAGAAAAUUGGGACUCUUUCACCACAUUCAAGUUGUUUGGUGUGGGAAGGAGACUGGACACUGAGCCUUUUAAACGAAUCCACAGUGAAGAGUAAGAGAGGUGGACAUGCCAAAGUGUUGCUCAGUGUCUGUGGAGAGGUGAGAACCAGCUUUGUUAGCAGUACACCACUGGUGAAAAGGAGACGACCAGCCCCCAGUCGGUCCACCAGUUUCUCCCAGACCCUUCUGAGCAAUGCUAGCAACAACAAUAUCACAUCUCAGAGAUCAUCACCCGAGGACACUGUCAGUUAUGCAGAGCUCAAAACAAGCAAAGAGGAGAUUCAGAAUAUCAGCCUCAGGACAUCGGGAGUUUGGUCUUUGGAUAAAACUCCAAGACGGACUGUGAUAGGAAAGAGAAGAUGUAGUUUGAGUUAUGAGGGACCUGAAACACAGCAGAGGUCAAGCCAAGGUUCAAGCCCCAAGAAGUGCAAACUGAGCAUAUAUACAUUGCAAAAUGAAGAAAGGGAGGUUGUUAAAAGGACGAGGGAUUGCCGGGCAGAGCAUCCAUCAAAGCGCUGGAACCAUACCAUGUGUUUAUGUGAUCCUGACACAGCUGUUCUGAUUGGUGGGGAGACUGGAGACCAAAACUGUACAGACUCCACGUGGAAGCUGGAGAUUGAUGGUGAUUUUUGGUUCCCCAUGAAUUCUUCUACAGUUGGGCCACUCCCUCCCAGCUCUCAAGGGCACUCGGCGGCCUUUGACCCUGAGAAUAAGGUUGUCUAUGUGUAUGGUGGCCUAAGAGAAGGUCAACGCUAUAGUGAUAUUUAUAAACUGGACACACUGACCUGGAAGUGGAAACUUAUUAAAGCAAAAGGAAAUGUCCCAUCAUUAGCGUUCCACAGCUGCAGUAUUUAUAAGAGUGAGCUGUAUGUAUUUGGAGGGUUGCAGCCCAGUCGAGGUCCUGGAGGCAAAGCUUGCAGUAAUGCUCUUUACAUCUUCAAUCCUGAACAUGAGCUGUGGUACCAACCAAUCGUGGAAGGGGAUCGUCCUCUUCCCAGGUUUGGGCACUCCAGCACCCUACUGCCUGACAAAUUACUGAUAUUCGGAGGCAGAAAAACUGCUGCCUACCUCAAUGACCUCUACAUUUUAGAUCUUGGCUUUAUGGAAUACACUGCAGUGAAAUAUGAAAACAUGCCACCCCUUGCCCGUGGGUUUCAUGCUGCUCUGCCCGUGUCUGACAACAGGGUGCUGAUCAGCGGAGGCUGCAGUGCUUUAGGGGCACUACAAGAUCUCCAUCUCUUCAAUAUAGAGACCAGCUGCUGGACAUCAGUGGUGUGUCCAUUGCUCUCCUCAAAGCCUCGUGCUGGACACAGCCUAAUCAGUCUGCCUGGCACUGCACCUUCACACACUGAUGAAAGGGAACGGGGAGAUGGCCAUCACACCUGCCCCUCCACCCAGUACGCUGUCUUAGUGUUUGGGGGCUCAGAUUGCAUGGGCACAUUUUAUGAUGAUACAGUCAAAUGCGUCAUGGAAAUCCCUGCUGAAGGACAGGGACUAGAUCUAAAAGCAACUCACAAGAUCAUGGUGCAUGGCUGAGAAACUUGACUGUUUAGUGGUGCAGAUUUUAUUCUAAAAUUAAAACCUUUUUUCCCUUCACAGCACUUGGAACUUCUUGUCAUGAAGGCACUUUUUUCCUUUUUUUACAUUUAUUUUAAAGCCGAUUUUACAGACUUAAACAGCUGCUUGGCAGCUACUGUUUAAUUUAUCUAAUACAAAUUGAGAUUUCUAUUUUCAGUAGCAUCAUCUGUUUUUUGAUUUCAGAGAUACAACACAGGUUGUCAUUUCUGUCCAAUAAACAUUUUUCCACCUA